AAUCGAUAGGUAGAAUAAUUAUUUUAAGGAAAAUCUAGUAUUUGUUAUUUGUCGUAUGGAUUUCUUGGCCCUUGAAGUGUGGGCCUACUAACUUCGGUAUAGUGAAUGCCGCCAAAAAAUGUGCUUCUCAUUGUCUUGUGAAUUGUAGGAGGGCGAAUAAAAAGCAGCCCUAGGGAGACUGCAAGGGCAACUUGCGCUGGAGGACGGCUUGACGACCAGCUAGAGAGUUUCCAGGAGCACUUCCCGUACCAGUAGAGGAGUCGCAGUCAGCGACAUAGAGGGGCGCAGCCAGCGCUGAACACUGGGUACGGACGGAUUCGCAGCCAGCGACAGGGAGACGCAGCUAUUUUGGAGAGCGCUGAGGCAGUGCCAUAUUUGGACCUGUUGGGAUGCAGCAUUCCCCCAAGAGGAGUUCGCGGCUGAGAGGAGGGGAAGCCACCCCUACAACCCUAGCGGAUCAGCAGCCAGCGAGUAGUGGAGCCGCGAGUGAACAUAACCUCGGCGGCGGCCAUUUCUAGCCCAGCCACUACGGUGACUACAGUAGCGUCCCAACCCAGGAGUACUGCUGUCACAGCUGCGAGUUCAGAGGCGGAGAUGAGCCAGUUCCUCACGUCGGACCUUUUGAAAAGGAUUGCGGCGUUGGAGGAGGAGCUGAAGUAGGUUAAAACCCUGAACAGUGCGAGCACCGCCAAUCGCAGUUGGCCCAAGCGCAGAUGGCGCCAACAGUGGAGCGUCGGGGCGGCCGCCAUUAGCCACAUCUAACGGUGAGGCUUCAACUAACGGGGUCGGGCCGGUCCCACAUAGCAGUGUCGGUGCGAGCAGUGCGGCCUGCACGCUGCUGCCAUAUUGGAGUGGACCGCCAUUGCUAACGACUAGCAAUCAUCUUGUGGAGCCACUGUGUGCUACAAGUGUUGCGCAGACAGCGCAUGGAUUCAUGCUACCGGGCGGGAGCAUCCACAACGUGGCAACAGCAUCGCCAUUUGUCGCCGAAUGGAUCCCAAGGAGUGUAUGGGCCAAGGAGGCUUCGGGACCUGCCUGUAUUUGGAGGGCAGCCCGAGGAGUGGCCGAUCGUUAACUGUGCGUUUGUGGAGACGACCCAAGCAUACAACUGCACAGACUUGGAGAACAACCAGAGGUUGCUGAAGAAUGAAGCACGCAAGACAGUGAAGUCACUGCUGAUUCACCCUGGGAACGUCAGCGCCGUGAUGGAGCAGCUGCGCUUUAGGUUUGGCCGACCGGAGCAGCUUAUACGCAGUCAGCUGAACAGCGUGCGAGAGGUGCCGCCGAUUUCGGAGCAGCACCCGGCGAGGAUCGUUCCCUUCGCAAGCCGAGUGAGUAACCUCACGGCCUUCUUGCAGUCAGCGAAGGCGGAGCAGCACCUGCGGAACCUAACACUAAUGGAGAAGCUUGUGGCGAAGCUUCCUACGAGCAAGCGAGUAGAGUGGGCCAGGCACGCUGCAUCGAUCAAGCCCUUACCCACUGUAGCGCACUUCAGCGCGUGCCUACAGGAGUACGCAAACGUCGUGUGUACAGUUUUGGACGUCGAGGGAAAGGAGCCGAGGCGUCGAGUUCUGCAUGCGAGCGUCGACCAGAACGGAUGCGAUCAACAGGAUGAUCGGCAUGGAGGUUGUCCAAUCUGUGGAGGGCAACAUGCUGCAGGGAGUUCAUUGGAGCUUCGCCACCGGGUAGGUGGAGCAUGGUGAAGAGGCAUCGGCUCUGCUUCACAUGCUUACGGAGUGGACUUACGGAUGCCGCAGAUUGCAUCACCGUCACUACAUGGCGCGGACGAGGAGCGAAGAUGGCCGGCGCAGCGAGGUGGCUUUAGGAGCCACAACGGAGGAAACCAGCAGUCAGCAGCUUUCAGACGCGGCCCGGACAGGAGGUCUUCGCCACGAGGUGGUUACAGGGACCACGAGGGGAGCCAGCAGUCGGCUGUCCCCAGAAACAGCCUGGAGAGAAGGGCCCCGCAGCCAGCGUAGGCGCCCGUGCAGAGGAACUUAAGCUGCGUUGACGCCGAGAGAGGCCGACUUUUGUUUCGUAUACUGCCAGUAACGCUGUACGGAGCUGGUCGCCGGGUGGACACAUACGCGCUCUUGGAUGAAGGAUCCUCCGUCACGAUGAUCGAUGAGUUACGGAGGGAUCUGGGAGUGCGAGGCGAACAUCGACAGCUGAAUAUUCAAUGGUUUGGAGGAAGGGCCAGCAGAGAGCCCAGCAACGUGGUGAGCCUGGAGAUAAGUAGAGCUGGGAAGCCCACUCGCGGUGGACGAGGCGGUUUGCCAGAGAGGGACCGUAUGCGGCCGUAACUGAGCUUGGAUUGGUUGUGUUUCGGCCAGUAAGUGGGCAAUCGACUACGCCGUCACCGAGGUCCUGCCUACUAGCCGUGUCAAUGGAUGAUACGAUGGAACAGAUGGUGAAGGACUACUUCGAGAUGUAAAGCUUUGGUGUGAAGCUCGCGCCACAGGUCGCAGCCAGCGAUGGUGCGCGGGCACAAAGGAUCCUCGAAGACACCACGGUGAACGUGGGGCGUCGCUACCAGACGGGAUUACUCUGGAAGGACGACUACGCUGUGCUGCCACGGAGCUACGAGAUGGCGCACAGACGGCUGAUCAACGUCGAGAAGAAGUUGAAGCGCAACGGGCUGUUGCCGUUGGAAUACGAUCGUAUCAUCAAGGAUUACGUAUCCAAAGGAUAUGCGAGGAAGCAGCAGCAGGAUGAGGUCGCGGUGACGAGCGACCGGCUAUGGUAUUUGCCACAUUUUGGUGUCGAAAACCCGAACAAGCCCGGUAAGGUCCGGCUUGUGUUUGAUGCUGCAGCCAAGGUUGGAGGAACCUCGCUAAAUUCGGCGCUGGACAAGGGUCCUCAGCAUUACAAGCUCUUGCCAGCCGUGCUCUUCCACUUCAGGGAAAGAGCAGUCGGAGUCUGCGGUGACAUCAAGGAGAUGUUGCACCAAGUGCUGAUCCGACCCGAGGAUCGAUGUUCCCAACGAUUCCUUUGGAGAGAUGGCAAUGACGAUCGAGACCCGGAUGUGUACGAGAUGAACGUAAUGACGUUUGGAGCAGCCUGCUCGCCAAGCGAUGCGCAUUACGUAAAGACGGUGAAUGCCCUGAAGUUUCGGGAUUCGGACCCGAGGGCAGUCAAGGCCAUCAUCGACCAUCACUUCGUCGAUGACUAUGUGGACAGUUUCGCUACAGAGAGCGAAGCUAUCAGUGUAUCUACCCGAGUGAAGGAGAUACAUGCGGAGGCUGGAUUCGAGUUAUGGCAGUUUUCAUCCAGCUCAACCAUCGUGGAAGCGGCGUUGGGACCACCUGGACAAGUCAAGAGCGUCGGAUGGGGUGAGGCUGAGCAGAAGAUCCUUGGAAUGCGCUGGCAGGUAGCCACGGACGACUUCAGAUUCAACGUGGAGUAUCACAGAGUGCCAAGUAGCGUUCUAAGUGAAGAUCGAGUCCCUACAAAGAGGGAGUACUUGAGCCUGCUGAUGUCAACGUUCGACCCAUUGGGAUUCCUGUGCUGCCUGAUGAUUACAGCGAGGCUGUUGUUGAGAGAGAUCUGGAGGCAGAAGAUCUAGUGGGACGAACCACUACCGGAGGAGAUAGGCAAAGCC